CAUAAAAACUACCCCUCUGGUCCUCGUGUGUAUAACGGAGAGUUGAGUCGUGUGCUGGUGGUGGGGGUCCUGAGCAUGUUUAAUAUUGAGCGUACGAAAAAGUUUUAUUCAGAACUGCUUCAAACUUUACAGUGUUAACACGUGCUUAAGACGUUAAAUUCGGCGUGAUUAAAAAAUUCUUGUUUACUUUGUGCUUGUUUGUGCCAGUUCUUUAUCUUAAAUGCAGUUGACCAAAAACAUCGAAGACAUCAUGGCCGAUAUGUACAACUCGAUGCAAGCAACAUUACAAGAAUACCACGGCGAAUUAGUCCAAACGGGAUCUCCGGCUAUUUUAUGCAGCACUUUACCCAACCAUUGGAGAUCCAAUAAAAGCUUACCGAUUGCGUUUAAAGUGAUAGCCUUAGACGAUGUUCCCGAUGGAACGAUGGUUUCGAUAAAAGCUGGAAACGAUGAGAAUUAUUGUGCCGAAUUAAGGAAUUGCACCGCUGUCAUGAAGAACCAAGUCGCUAAAUUUAACGAUUUAAGAUUCGUCGGGAGGAGCGGACGUGGGAAAUCUUUCACCAUCACGAUUGUUAUUAACACGAUGCCGUACCAAGUCGCCACGUACAAUAAAGCCAUAAAAGUUACAGUGGAUGGACCGAGAGAACCAAGAACUAAGUCUGCGUACCAAUACGGAUUGGGAUACCCACAAGGAAAUUUCCCACCGUUUUUAGUCAACCCAGUUUGGUUCGACAUCUCUUACAUGUGCUCCGAAUAUUAUAGAAGACCCAUCGUUCCAAAUUCACCACAAGAAGUCUUUUUACCCCCGACUCAAUCAUCCCCAUCUUUUCAAAUUCACCCGACAAUCCCAAAAGUUACACCAAAAACCGUUUGGGAAAAAAAAGAAAAUCCGAUUUCGACGAAUUUAGUGGAUGAUUCGAAAUCGGAUCAAUCGGAUAAUGAGGAAGAUAUCGACGUGGUUCGAUCCGCUUUUACCCCGAUAAAACCGGCCAAUGUUUUACUUCAAGAACUUCAAGUACCCGAUUCGACCGUUCAAGAUGCUAGUCCUGAAAAGACGAGUUUAAAUCAUUCGGAUCAAUCGAAUAGUCCAAAAAGUGAAAGUAAAUUGUCGAAAUUAUGCGGGGGGAGUGGCCCGAAAGAACCGAGUAGUUUAAAAAGUUCAAAACCGGUGUGGAGACCUUAUUAAAUAAUUUAAUUUUGUUUAUCUUGUACAUAUUUGUACAAAUUUAUUAUAUUUGUAAAUAUCAUUUUAACUUGUAUUAUAGAAUCUUAGUUACUCUAGGAAACAUUGUGAUAGUUAGUUAAUAAUUGAAGCGUGACAUAAAUGGUGUAAUUGUAUUAUUAAACGUGGGAUUGAUAAUAUAAUUACAAUAUAUUUAGGAAGUAAUUAGAUAUUUUUAUACGGCCCUGUAAAUGUGUAUUGUUUGACUUAAAAGAAUUUUUUUUAAGACAUUUUGGACAGAGCGAAAAUAUAUAUUUAU